AUGGUUUUGAAGAAGAAGAAAGAAAUUCAAGUUGAUGCAUUCGUUCUUGAGUGCCAAGAGCUUGAAACACUUCGGUCAUUUGCAGAUGCUGAAGACCAAAAUCUGGCUUCUCUGCUGUUGCACUGUGUACAGCUGUCUGAUGGUAUCCAUCAAAUCUACUCUAUCAAACAGAUUGUGACAUUAUUGAAGAAGAUGGAUAGAAACUCUGCAUGUAGCCCCAUGAUUAAAUGCUGUUUGGAUGUUGUUGGAGUGAUGUAUUUUUCACUGGGCGCAAAGAAUCCCUUGAAAAAGGUGUUGGCAAGUUCACUAAAUGGCCUUCCUGAACAACUUACGACUGAAGCAGUGCACAGUUUUGUUCGUUGUCUUAAAGAAGAACUAAAAACUACAGACUUAUGCUUGUACAGAAAAGUAAUGGACAAUCUUGCUUCCUGUAUGGAAAACUUCAGCCUAGGUAAAGCAAGUAUUAAGAAUUUAUUCAAAGAAGUUCUUCAGUUUCUGCAGAAAUCUGUCCUUGAAAUACAGGAGGAAAACAGGCAACUUAGUGGAAAUAGUAUUGCUGAAACUCGACUGAUGCAUGAUUUAUUGAUGGCCAUUAAAGUUUCAAUGAUGCUACUACAAAAAGUACAAGAAAAUUUUCAGGGAAGUCUUUGGAAGAAACCUGGUUCUCUUGUUUGGCAAAGUAUGUGUGGUUUACUGAAGAGCUUCACAAACUUUUUAAUGGAUGAAGGUCUCUUGCCUACUGUUCAGACUACCUCAGGAUUGGCUGUCAUUCUCUUUACUAAGACUAUGUUUGAGCCUGUUGAAAAGUUGCCUUGUUUGGUCAGUGACUUGCUCCUCCACUCAGUGAAAUGUGCUAGUGUACCAGAGUGGUUUGUGAGCAGCUGUGGGCGCCUCUGUACUGAAGAGCUCUCUGAUUCAGUCCUCCUCUUCCUUUGUCAUGGAGCGCUGGCCAUGUUAGAGUGGAAGAAUGGCAGUAUGGGUGAAAAUGGAGAGAAAUUACUCUUAGAUAUUGCGUUGGUUUUGUUAUCUUUGGCUUCACGAUUAAAAGAAUCCAAUAUGGCAGUAUCCUUAUCUAGAAUCUUAGCUAUUUGGACUAAUUCAGCAUUGGAUGUCCUUGAAUCAAGCUCCCAAAAUCUAAAGAGCAGUCUUAAUGGAAACUCCAACACAACUGGGAAACUGCUGGAAUAUGUGUACACGCAUUGGGAACAUCCUUUGGAUGCUGUUAGACACCAGGCCAAGUUGAUAUUCAAGAAUAUCCUGCGGAUACACCAAGCCACUCUUAAAGAAUCUGUUGUAAAAUCAGACCCUUUCUUGCCAGUGUUGACAGAGAGCUUGCUAAGUUUAGAAUGGCACGUUAAAGGGAAAUAUGCUUCACUUGGCUGUCUGGUGGAGUGUGUGGGUGUCGAAAAUAUUUUAACAGUGGACAGAACAAUCCCAGCGCAAAUCUUGGAUGUAAUGGGUGAUCAGUCUCUUGCACCUUAUGCAAGUGAUCUUUUGGAAACCAUGUUUAUAAAUCACAAGAGUCAUCUAAUAUCUGCAUUUCAAAAAACCAUCUGGAUUAACCACUGGCAUGACACAUGGGUAUCUCCUCUUCUUUUAAUAUUGUGUGAAGGAAAUCCUGACCAAACUACUUAUGUAAUAGAUUACUAUUUACCAAAACUGCUCAAAUGUAGCCCUGACAGUCUGAGCUACAUGAUUAAAAUUCUUCAGGCUUCAGCUGAUGCUAAUAUUGGUAAGAAAAUAAAUUUUCUUUCUUUAGGCUCUUGCAAUACCAGAGGUGCUCUUGGAGCCUUGAUGGCAUGCCUGAGAACAGCUAGAGCUCAUGGACAUUUACAAUUUAGAGAUAUCAUGAGGGAUGGUCUACUAUCAGUUGGAUGUGUAAAGCAAGGUUUAGUUCAUCAGCAUAAUCAGGUUCGCAUUGAUGCUUUAGGUUUGCUUUGUGAAACUCAUCGGAGCACAGAAAUCUUGACUAUGGAAGAGAUGCAGCUAAUUCAGUUUUUUAUUACGUACAAUUUGAACAGCCAGUCCCCUGCAGUGAGGCAGCAGAUUUGUUCCCUACUAAAAAAGUUGUUCUGCAGAAUACAAGAAAGUUCCCAGGUACUUUAUAAACUGGAGCAAAGUAAAACCAAACAAGAGUUAAUGAAAGAAUCAGCUAAAUGGGAUCAUUUGGCAACUUUACAGCAGUAUAAAGAUUUCAUGUCAUCUAUAUGUGACAAACUUUUUGAAGCCCUGUUUCCUGGCUCAUCCCAUCCAACCAGAUUUUCUUCAUUAACUAUUCUGGGAUCAAUAGCAGAAAUAUUUUGUGCUCCAGAAGGUCAGAUGCAAGCAGUCUUUCAGUUGGCUCAAGAGAUUGAUCCUACCCGUGUUCAAACGCUAAUCCAGUGUUUUGCCAGCACUUUUGAGGAAGUAAAAGUUUUAGCAUUUGAACUUCUUAUGAAACUACAUGCUGUAUUUUUUUUAUUUCAGGAUUCUGAAAAUCUACAUCUCUUAUUUCAAGCAGCCAUGGAUCUUAGCAUAAGUACCAAACCCUAUGACUGUGUUACUGCCUCAUAUUUGCUGAACUUUUUAAUACAUCAUAAAGGGCUACUGAAUGUCUGCUUAAACAAUCAACAGGUUGCACAUGCAUUUCAGAUAGAUGAGGAUAUGUCUGCAAGCACCAUGGAAAAGAACACUUUAGCUGUAAUCAAAUAUUUGUUAGCAAACCUCGAGCGAGAAAUAUUCCAAGCUGAAAAGUCUCUGCUGCAAGCAGCAGCUUCAUUCCCAAUGUAUGGGAGAGUACAUUGUAUAACUGGAGCUUUGCAGCAAUUACCUUUAAAUAACUUGACCUUGAUGACUGAAUGGAGGCAGAUGGUUACAAAGCUUAUUUUAAUGUCAUACAGACUUUCGUCUGUAGUAUCUCCCAUUGUCCAGAGUUCAUCACCAGAGGGCCUUAUUCCAAUGGAUACAGAUUCAGAAACUGCAGGUCGUUUGCAGAUGAUCCUGCAUGAGAUACAGCCACGAGAUACAAAUGAUUAUUUCACUCAAGCAAAAAUAUUGAAAGAACACCACAGAGUAGACUUUGCAAAACUGACUGACGACGAGCCAGUUGAAAAUGUUUGCACAGAAAUUAGAGGUAAAGAAGGGCAAACAUGUGAUGUAACAGCUCAAAUGGUACUGGUAUGUUGCUGGAGAAGUAUGAAGGAGAUAUCCUUGCUUUUAGGGAUGCUGUGUAAACUUCUGCCUUUACAGACUGUGUCUGAAUCUUCUGAUGGGUUAAUAACAGUAGAACAGGUUAAAGAUAUAGGAGACUACUUUAAACAUCAUCUUUUGCAGUCCAGGCAUAGAGGGGCAUUUGAAUUAGCUUACACUGGCUUUGUGAUGCUCACUGAAAUACUCUCCAGAUGUACUAACGAGAGUCUCCGUACAUUGCCACAGCAAUGGUUGUACAAUGUUUUAGAAGAAAUUAAAUCUUGUGAUCCUUCUUCUAAACUAUGUGCAACUAGACGCAGUGCUGGAAUUCCAUUCUACAUACAGGCUUUGUUGGCUUCGGAACCAAAGAAGAGUAAAACAAACUUAUUGAAAAUGACAAUGAAUGAGUUAAUAUCUUUGGCUGUACCUGUGAAUGAAUCACCCAACAUAAUCCCUCAGGUUCAUGCUUUAAAUAUCCUGAGGGCCUUGUUUAGGGAUACCCGCUUUGGUGAAAACAUCAUACCUUACAUAGCAGAUGGAAUACAAGCAGCAAUUCUAGGUUUUACAUCCCCUGUCUGGGCAGUGAGAAAUUCCUCCACUCUUCUGUUUAGUACCCUGAUUACAAGAAUUUUUGGAGUUAAAAGAGGGAAGGAUGAAAAUUCCAAAAAAAAUAGAAUGACAGGGAGGGAGUUUUUCUCUCGGUUUCCAACCCUUUAUCCUUUCCUUCUCCUGCAACUGGAAGUUGUAGCCAGGACUAUGGACUGUGAAACUGGUGAGUUGAAGCUCCAUCCAAGUUUGUUUCUUUUGCUUUUGAUCCUGGGCAAGCUAUAUCCUUCUCCAAUGGAUGGCACUUAUUCAGCUCUCAGCAUGGCACCGUUUGUUCCUUUUAUUAUGAGGUGA